CCGCGUCGCAAGAAGGUCACACGGGAUCCAGCAACAUGGCGGCGGCGGCGCUGCGGGGAGGAUGGUGCCGCUGCCCGCAGCGAUGUCUCAGCAGUGGAGUCCAGCUGUUGUCCAGCCACAACCUGAUGCCACUGCGCGGUGGCACCUAUCAGAUACGCCAGCCCGGUGGAGAGCUGCCUCUGUCCAAAUCCUAUUCUUCUGGAAACAGGAAAGGCUUUCUCUCUGGCUUGCUAGAUAAUAUCAAACAAGAAUUAGCCAAAAACAAAGAAAUGAAAGAAAGCAUAAAGAAGUUCCGUGACGAGGCCCGAAAGCUGGAGGAGUCCGACGCGCUCCAGGAGGCCCGGAGGAAAUACAAAAGCAUUGAAUCCGAAACCGUGCGGACGAGCGAGGUGAUCAGGAAGAAGCUGGGGGAGAUCACAGGCACAGUGAAGGAGAGUCUCGAUGAAGUCGGUAAAAGCGACCUUGGCCGGAGGAUCAAGGAGAGCGUGGAGGAGGCCGCCAAGACUGCCAAGCAGUCAGCCGAGUCGGUGUCCAAGGGCGGCGAGAAGCUGGGCAGGACUGCCGCCUUCAGAGCUCUGUCCCAGGGGGUGGAGUCUGUGAAGAAGGAGAUUGACGACAGCGUGCUGGGGCAGACCGGGCCGUAUCGGAGGCCAGAGCGCCUCAGGAAGAGGAAGGAGUUUGCGGGAGAGAAGUUCAAGGAAGAGAAGGUGUUCGAGGCCAACGAGGAGGCCCUGGGGGUCGUGCUGCACAAGGACUCCAAGUGGUACCAGCAGUGGAGAGACUUCAGGGACAACAACGUGGUGUUUAAUCGGUUCUUCGAGAUGAAGAUGAAGUAUGACGAGAGCGACAAUGUGCUCAUCCGGGCGUCCCGCACCCUGACGGACAAGGUCACCGACCUGCUGGGGGGCCUGUUCUCGAAGACGGAGAUGUCCGAGGUGCUCACGGAGAUCCUGCGGGUCGACCCCGCCUUCGACAAGGAGCGGUUCCUGCGGCAGUGCGAGGGCGACAUCAUCCCCAACGUCCUGGAGGCCAUGAUUUCUGGAGAGCUUGAGAUCCUCAAAGAUUGGUGCUAUGAAGCUACCUACAGUCAGCUGGCCCACCCCAUCCAGCAGGCCAAGGCGCUGGGCCUGCAGUUCCACUCCCGCAUCCUGGACAUCGACAACAUCGAUCUGGCCAUGGGCAAGAUGAUGGAGCAGGGGCCUGUGCUGAUCAUCACCUUCCAGGCCCAGCUGGUGAUGGUGAUCAAGAACCCCAAAGGCGAGGUGGUGGAGGGCGACCCGGACAAGGUGCUGCGCAUGCUGUACGUGUGGGCACUGUGUCGGGACCAGGACGAGCUCAACCCCUACGCGGCCUGGCGGCUCCUGGACAUGUCGGCGUCCAGCACGGAGCAGGUCCUCUGAGCGUGGCGGCCACGAGCAGAGGCUUCUAGGCUGGGUCAGCACGCAGUAGUCACACAGAGGACUGGUGUCUGCCUGUCGCAGCCAGACCUCUGGGGAAGCGAGGACUGCCGUAUCUCUACCUGGACCGCCACAAAACCAGCGGGAUGGGGAAGGGCAGGUCGAUGAGCAGGGGCGCUGCCCCUCACCGGGUGGGCCCCUGUGCCCUGGGGGCUGCUGGGCAGCGUCAACGCAGUGCACAGGCCACAUGGUGCCAGAAGGACCCCGCCCCCUGGCCCAGGGACUACAGGGGGCAGGACGGCAAGUCCCUGCCGCUCAGACUAGCCUACCGGCUGUUCCAGCCAGGCCAUUUUGGCUCCGUUUUUUAACAGUUCCCUUACUAUCCUGUAUAUAUGCCUGAGAUUUGGAAAUAAAAUGCCAAGGUGCAGGAGAGCAA